AUGGAUAACGAGAAUGGUACAGCCGCGGCAGCAACAGCAGCAGCACCAGUGGUUACCACAAAAGUUGAAGAAUCGAAAUCGGCUGAAAUCACAAUCACAAAAACAGACGACCAAACAAGUGUCACAGUUCAUAGCGGCGGUGGCGUUGUUGAGAAUAAUGAUGAGCUAGACAAAGCUCAAAAUAUUGGCGAAGUUGUAAAAAGCGUAUCGGAUAUUGCAUGUGACACUGCAGUCAAAACGCACGACAAAAAAGCACAAUCCCAUAACACAAUUGAAGACAAUAAUGAUCUUGUCUCCAUUCUGGUUGGAAGCGAUCAUCCAAAAUCAUUGGAUUCAGAAACUCUUGAAUUAAUAUCACGUUUGGGUUUUAGAGCCGCAUCAGAAGAUUUAAUGAAUUGCAUUCAAUAUGCUUUUGUAGGGAGAAACGUGUGGUUCCGAACGAAACCAGGAAUGGGAAAAACUGGCGUAGUUGCUCUUGCUUGUUUGUCGGAAUUGCAAACAACAGAAGAUCAUAUUUUUGCACUGGUCCUUUGCCAAAAGAGCGAUUUAAUUAAAUAUAAAAAUGUCUCGAAACAUAUGCCAGAUAAAGUCAGCGUAUUUUGCGAUGAGAUGUUAUCAGGAAUCAAUGUGAAAUCGGGAAAACGAAUCGUUGUUGGCACACCCGAAUGUAUUUCGAGACUCAUCAACAAAUUCGACUUUGAACAUUUGAAAUAUUUCAUUCUAGAUGAAUGUGACGAAAUGCUGAAUUGCUUAG